CUGCGCACCCUUCCAGAACGUUCGGUCCUGUUCGGAGCGGACCGUCGCCGUGCCGGUGCCGCGUGCUCUGUCCGCGCCACUCUGCGCCACUCUCUGUCGAGCCGAGUUGUGAGUGACACGUAGUGAAUGUGAGUAAAUGUGAGUGAGAGUCGUAAGAGACAGAAAGCCACUUGUGUGAAGAAGAAGAAGAAGCAGCGACACCGGCAACACGUGAUUCGCAAGCAAUUGUAAGAAGAUAAUUAUUUGAACCUUUGACAAUUUUAUACCAUUUUAUAUUGUCGAACUCUAUUUCACUGAAACCUCGCCAUCACUGACGACAAGUUUAAAUUAAUUUGUGGAUCUUAACCCUGCUAAUUUGUGACAUUUGUCCAGCCUUGGGAAGAAAUAUUGUUAUAUUAUAUAUAACUGACCCUCUUGCUCCAGGAGUUAAUUUUAGGUCUUUGACCCUUUUUGAGUCGAAAAUCCUAUAGGGGUCUCUGAAGAAGAAGAAUUGUAAGAAGAAAAAAAGAAGGAAAGGAAAUAGGUUGGUAGACAGAUAGAUGUAGAGAUAGAAAGAGAGAGGGGAAAGAAAGAGUCUCGACUUUUGUGGAAAGAAGAACUAGAAAAAGAAGCAGAAGGAGAAACAGCGAUUUUUAUAGAAAGAAGGAGCGGAGAGAGAGAGAGAGAGAAAAGGAAAAGUGUGUAGAAAGAAGUAAUAAAGAAAUAUAUCAGUUAAGAUGGAAACGCUCUUAAAGGAAUUGGCUGUAGAACUAUAUGAUAUUCAUGCCAUAAAAUUCGGAGAAUUUAAGACGAAAAUCGGCUUAAUUACACCGAUAUAUUUUGACUUGCGUAUGAUAAUUUCUUAUCCGAAAUUAAUGCUGAAGUUAUCAAAAGCUUUAUGGACAUUGGUAGACAACCCUACCAAAGUGUCCCGAAUCUGUGGUGUCCCAUAUACAGCACUACCAUUAACUACCUUGAUAUCAGCGCAGGAAGAGAUUCCCAUGUUAAUGAAGAGAAAAGAAGCAAAGUCAUAUGGUACAAAGAAAUUAAUAGAGGGUAUCUUCUCACCUGGCGAGAACUGCAUAAUCAUCGAGGAUAUUAUAACAAGUGGUAGCAGCAUUUUAGAGACUGUCGAUGCCUUAAAGAAGGAAAACUUGAAUGUGAGGGAGGCCUAUGUGAUAAUUGAUAGAGAACAAGGUGGUAGAAAGAAUCUCGAAAAUCAUGGGAUCAAAGUUAAGAGUCUCUUUGUGAUAACGCAAUUCAUGAAGUAUCUUCUCGAGGCUGGAAAGGUUACGUCUGAAAUCGUCAAGGAUGUUAAUAAUUAUUUGGCAACGAAUCGGGCACCAAGCAUUUCCGUUCAAGAUGUGCCAGAUGACAGAUUGAAACUGCCAUAUAGUAAACGCGCCAAGCUAACGACGAAUCUAUUGGCCUUUGAGCUGUUUGAGCUAAUGGAAUCGAAACAAACUAAUCUUUGCUUGGCGGCCGAUUUAAAGGAAACGGACGCGAUUUUGGAAUUGGCGAACAUAGCAGGGCCUCAUAUCGCAGUGCUAAAGACUCAUGUGGAUGUCGUAGAGGAUUUCAGUGAGAGCUUUGUUCUUCGGCUUAAAGAAUUGGCAACGCAGCACAAAUUUCUGUUGAUGGAAGAUCGUAAAUUUGGCGAUAUCGGCAAUACGGUAUCGUUACAGUACAGACAUGGCCUGUACAAGAUUGCCGAAUGGGCCGAUUUGAUCACGGUGCAUCCGGUAUCGGGCGCAUCUGUCGUCAACGCGCUUAAAAAAGGUCUAGAGAACAUCACCGAGCCGCGCGGCAUUUUCCUCGUCGCCGAGAUGUCGAGCAAAGGUGCACUGACUACCGGUGAUUAUCUGAAGAGCGCGGUUUCGAUGGCGGAGGAAGCUUCUGAUCUGGUGGUAGGUCUCGUGUGUCAAUCCAAUCUCACAGCGCAACCCGGACUAGUUCAGUUAACGCCUGGUGUCAAACUGUCUAAAAGCGGGGACAGUCUAGAUCAGCAAUAUAACGAUCCGCGAUCGAUUAUCAAUGCUGGUGCCGAUUUAGCAGUCGUCGGUAGAGGUAUCACGGAAUCGCCUCAUGGUUAUUUAAAGGCCAUUUUAGAAUAUAAAAGACAACUGUGGAACGCGUACGAGGAACGAAUAAACAUAAUCAAUAUGUGAUAGUAUAUAUAAAUAUAUAAUACAUUGUAUAUUAAACUUUGUAAAAGUAAUGUAUAUUAAGAGGAUGCUAA